AUGGGAAACAAGAACGCUCGAGCCAAGAAGUCCUUAGACUUACCAAAUUUAACCUUGCCGUCCUCGCUCACCGCGGACAAGAACUCCGAAGCUCACGCCUCCGCAGCCGCCAGUCCAAAGAGUCCGUUGGCAUUUAGAUCUUUCCGCCAGGGAACAUUGAUUACUCCGAACUUUGAGGUAUUGGGUAGAACAGCAGCAAAGUCGUUAUCUGCUACCUCACCAGAAUUUUUCCCGGCUCUUCCUCUCAAAACUGCGCCAUUUCCAAAGGUCCGUAUAGAUGCUAGCUCUGGAGCCCCCGCAGUUAAGAAGUUACAAGACCAACUUGAGAUGGUAGAUAGUGUACAACUGGCAGGAACCCCCCGGCGUAUCAACACCGAGGCUGGGGAGUUGGAGACUAUAUCUAAAUUUUCAAUGGAAAUGGAAAUGGAAGUUGGAGUGAUCCUGGCUAAUCGGAUCCAAUCAAGUUCUACCGGUAGUCUUGGCCUUGAUCAGAUGGCAGCCGUUCAUCCGAUAAAGGAUGCAAUGAAUGCUAUCUCCACUUCUUCUAUCAACUCUACACCAGAGAAGGUCAGAUCGAGCAGCUUCGUUACACCGGCCAAGUCGAAGGAUACUCCAUUCUCAACACCAUCUCCCAUUGUUUCAUUCCCAACCGGUCCUAGGACGGAGAAACCCCGUUUUGGUCGUGCAGAUAAAAAGAAGAAGGAUAUAAUCAUCAGCCAAUUCGGCGUUAUCAGAAACCUCGCCCGUAUCACCGAUCGUUUCACCGAGAAUGGAUUCUUGUACAAACAUGCGUGUGCGGAUGAGUUCCAGCCUGCUGUUUACGAUGUAGCAGAUGUUGUCAGCAAGAUGUUGGCCAAGGAGCGUGAGGAGUUCUGGGCAAAGAAUUGGAUCGAGAUUGAAGUUGAUUUCCGCUCCGAGGAAGAAAUGAUCAAUAUCAAUGCUCAGGAGGUCAACGGACAGGAGAAACCUCCCAAGGGUUACCAUACACUGCUCAAUUACAUCGAUUACCUCGGCCCAGAUUUCCUCGCCCAUGCCAAGUAUAUCUUCGUCAGCAUUAUGUUCCCUUCCAUCUCUGACGCUGAUCAAUCUAAAGUCAACUCUUCCGUGCUCCACUGCCAACAAACUCUCGAAUUCCAGCAUAUUGAGAAAUUGGUAGCUAAAUUACAACACUUUCCAGCAAUCAAACGUCUAGAUGUCAUCUUGCAGACCCCUUCCAACACUAAGAAGCCGCUCUCAAUUCCCCAGCUUAACUUAGUCCUUCCGUUCUACGAUCUUGGGUUCACUGAGUGGAACAUUAAGUGGAAGACAAGUUUUAUGACAAAAGCCGAGCCGGUAGGUGGAUGGCCGGUCCAUUAUCUCGACAAGGAGAGAAAUCGACUCUUGAGAGAGAGGGAGCGAGUCAAGAAUGCAGUUUUCGUUACGAAGAGUCAAUUUGUUGCCUGA